AUGGCUUUUUUUAGUAACUUACCCUCAGAGCUCAUCCUCAAAAUCGUGGCCUAUUUGGAGGCUCUUCACGAUAUUAUAUCCCUGGCCUUAGUAUGUCGCUACCUUCACGAUGUCAUCGAUAUCACAGAGCGGCGAUAUUAUCAUCGGAUAUGUUUGCAGAGCGACCAUUGCUAUGUACGGGCUUAUUGGUUGCUACUUCGGAUGCUCAGAGAACCGCGAUUGCGGCUAUAUGUCCGUGAAAUUGAGGUAUACAUCUGGCCCACAGCGUCUGGUUUUGCACCCAUCGCACGUCUACCCGAAACUGCUCCGGAAGACAAGAAUGCGUAUAGGGAGCUUCAACCUAUCAUCCCCUUUCUCAAUGACGCCGGUGUGACUGAUGAAACGGAACUAAAAAUGCUGCUCUCCUGGAUACAAAUGUAUGAAUUUGUGGCACAAAUUUCUACCUAUGUUAUUCUGCAGAGGCCUCUGCUAACUCCUUUUUCGAGACCCUGCCGCCAGGGACCUCCAGGUCUUUUAGCACCCGCUGCUUUGGAAUCAUUUGCGAUUGCAUUUAUGUCGCUUUCGCCAAACCUUGAAAAGCUAAAGCUUUGUAGAUUGUCCACCAAAUCUUUCCUUCGGUCUGUUCUGAAGAAUGCUAGAGACAACGCUAUGAGGUCUCUGAAAAAUAUGAAUUCCCUGCAGAACCUUCGAGAGGUUCAUAUUGGCAGCAACUUUUUACCUGAGACAUUCGAAACUUACCUACUCAAUAGCUUGAAAUUGUUCCACAAAUAUCCAAAUGUCGAGAAACUCGUGGUGAGCUGCAUGAAAGCUCCACAGCGUGAACAGCGCGUCCUGGCACCUAGGACGUCAAAUUUCCGAAAAGUUUACAUUAAAUCAUCUUGCAUGACCUCUCGCCUCCUCGCUAACAUCAUUAGACAUUUCAAGACCCUUAACGAGUUCACUUGUUCAACAGGCAUCAAGUCGCCAGAUGAACUGAUUGAACGUGGUAACUUCACCGCCCUCGAACCUUUACAGUUGAAGCAGGCCCUCCUCGACCAUAAAGAUACACUGCGUCUGUUGGAUCUUGACUUGGAUAGUGACGUUAUGGACAUCACACGAGGAGUGAUACGCUUCGGACACAAGCAUGAGUUAGAUGAAUGGCCCCAAAAGCUAGGAAGCGGCGUCCCUGUGUAUCUACCAGGAACCAUUGGAUCCCUAAAGCAAUUCGCUGCGCUGACCCACCUUCAUAUAGGCGUUCAGUCAUUGCUUGGACACCCUAAAAUAUUAACGGAUUUUCCUGCUCCUGCAGAGUUCAAGCUGGCCAGUAUUCUUCCUCCAAAUUUACAAUUUCUCUCCAUACGCGGCUAUCGUUCAGGAAGUUGUGCCUUUCACAUCUCCAAAGUCUCGGAGUUGAUUGAAACCAAAAAGUCGUGUUUACCAUCAUUAAAGGGAGUUUGGGGUCUUGAGGACUUGAAGUACGGGGUUAAGGUCCCGCAUGGAAAACAGCAACCGCCUCCAUGGCAACUUUGA